GUUACAGACGUGACUCAGUAUUGAUCGUCUUGAAACGUACACAUGGUCUUGGUCUUUAUUUUCACAACUUUGCGCAUUCUGUAAUAAAAACAAUCAAAAUGAUUUAAUAACACAAAUGGAAAAUUAAGGGGAAAGGGGUUGCAUGAUAUCAAAUAAUGUUAAAUAAAUCAAAACCUAAUUUCACAGACAUUAAUCCUAAUCUAAUGCAUUCCAAGUCAAAAGCUGAUGAUUAUUUGAGAAAGAGCUGCACACUCACACACUGAUGCAGGGCGGCCAAUCAGAUUCUUCCCCUGUUGAUAAGGCCCCACCCAAAGCACUGAAAAUGGUAUAAAACCCCCACACUGCAAGUCACAGCAUGUUUCAGUUCAAUGGAAAAUGAUGGAUAGAAUGGCAAAAAUGAAAAAAUCAACGCAAGAUUUGAGCAGGGAGCGUUUGAUCUACUUCAGGAACCCUGAUACGACUACAGAACAGAACGAAAUGAAACAAACAAACUGGAGAUCGAGAAUGUUUUUUAAGACUUUUCCUGUGAGAGAAUCAUGCCACACAAUGCCACAGAUAAAAUCAUACGGGCCAACUACUAUAGAAGUUACUCGAUGGGCUCAGUCUCUGGACAACUUGCUGAGUAGCAAAUGUGGAUUAACUGCUUUGCGACUUUUCAUGAAGUCUGAGCACAGCGAGGAGAACAUCGAGUUCUGGAUGGCUUGUGAAGAGUUCAGAAAGAUCAGGUCCAGAUCAAAACUCAAAUCCAGGGCAAAAACCAUAUACGAUGAAUUCAUCAGGCCAGAUUCUCCAAAAGAGAUCAACCUGGAUUUCUACACAAGAGAGUCCCUUCACCAAAGCCUUCUGAUCCCAACGCAGUGGAGUUUCAAAGCAGCCCAAAACAGAGUUUACUUCCUGAUGGAGCACAACUCGUACCAUCGGUUCCUGGACUCUGAACUCUAUCAGAAGCUCUGCAGAAUUGCUGCAGGAGAGCGAUAAUGUGUUCAGAUGGCCGGUCCGUUUUAGAAUGCUGUGCAUCCAGUGUUUCAUGUUCGAUGUAGUGAUAGUGCUACUGUGAUUUCAGUGUAUUUAAAUAUUGCAUAUUUUGCACAGAUUUGUAGAUAGUUAAGACGAAUGUCUGGCAUUGGUAUUGAAUGUUCACAUAUGUGACCCUGGAGCACAAAACCAGUCUUAAGUCGCUCGGUAUAUUUUUUAGCAGUAGCCAAAAAAAACCAUUGCAUGGAUCAAAAUGAUCGAUUUUUCUUUUAUGCCACAAAUCAUUAGGAUAUUAAGUAAAGAUUCCAUGAAGAUAUUUUGUAAAUUUCCUACUGUUAAUAUAUCAAAACUUCAUUUUUGAUUAGUAAUGUGAAUUGCUAAGAACUUCAUUUGGACAACUUUAAAAGGGGAUUUUCUCAGUAUUUCGUUUUGUUUGCACCCUCCGAUUCCAGAUUUUUAAAUAGUUGUAUCUCAUCCAAAUAUCGUCUGAUCCUAAUAAACCAUACAUUAAUGGAAAUCUUAUUCAUUCAGAUGAAGUAGACAUUCUAAUAUUGAAAAAUUGACACUUAAGGUUUUGUGGUCCAGGGUCAAAUAUAUAUUAUGUUUUGGUGUUUACUUGUAGGUCUUUUUUAUUAUUAUUUUUGCUUUUCAAUGCAAUAAUGAAUCAUUUUUGGAUGAAAUAAUUUUUUAAUUGUCAUUCCAGUACUUUCUGGAGUUUUGGGGGCACUGCUAAUAAAACAAAAUGUAAGCAAAAGGUGUAUAAAUGUUUAGCGGCUGACAAUGGAUUUUUAUUUUAUUUUUUAUCAGCAUUGGUUAAUAUUGAAUAUUUAAUUAAUCAUACUUAUUUCCCCAUGUUUUUUUUUUACUCUUAGAUUUUUUUUUUUUUACCUUUGCUAUCAUCUAAACGUUUCUGAAAGUUAAUCUAUAAAAACACCAAUAACAAUAAUAAUAAUAAAAAUAUAAAUGAAUAAU